AUGUCAAACAACGACGCCACAUUCGAAGGCUUACCUCCUGAGAUCCGAGAGAUGAUCUACGAGUACGCUUUUACCGCUUUCAACGCCGACUGCACCGCCCUGCCGAUCGACAUCCUCACCUACCGUCGUGCGGUCCCAAACAGCGGCUCCCUGCGCUCGACCAACAAGCCCAUCUUCAACAAGAGUCGACGUGCGUACCUCAAAGCUCGCGCAGAUCUCGCUGCCGAGCGCAAGCAAGUUCUCGCCGACAUGGUUCGGAACUGGGAGGUUCUUCUCUCCAAGCGCGACGACCUCAACCGACCGCACGACUGGAAGGAUUUCCACCAGAUCGAUACGCUCGUCAAGAACCUCAAGUCCGGAAAUUCCACCUGCAAGAACCACAAGUGCGCCAUCGACAACUGCUACAUGUGCGAGAACCCAGAGCACCAGACCUGCUUCGACUGCGGCCGCAACGCUGCCACAGCGCUGUACGGCUACCUUCUCAACCACCUCUGCCCUCACGUCUACCGCAAACAGGCGCCCGAGCUGGUGAUCCCAAACAGCGACGGCAAGAUCUCCGACCAUCCCCUCGCCAAGCUCAUCGACUCUCUCCCGCGCAAGCACACCAGCCGCACCGUGGUCCACCCAACCACUGGGGUGAACAUGAGCGUACAGUCGUGGGCCUUCUCAUACUGGUACCGCCAACUACACCUCCAACGCGGCCAAGACAUCCGCUGCUGCAUCAGAACGCGCGCACACACUCGCGUCUUCGAGAUGUUCGGCAACAUCGGGUGUGAUGCCGACGACAAGGUCCUCAGGGCGAAUUUCGAGGAGAGCGAUCCCAUGAUGGCGGUUUACGACGAGGCUAGGAAGAUGCUCGAUUACUGCGGAGGCACCAAGAUUGAGUGUGAGUCUGAGUAUUUGAAGCGAAUUAACGAGUGGAUCGAGUAUCGCGAUGGACCGGAGUUCAUGCGCAAGGGCGCCGUGGCGAGACCGCUGCGGGAGGGCUAG